UCUCUGAUUCCAUGUUCUCACGGAGUUUGGGGGUGGGGGAAGGCUUAGGGAGGAAAAGGUCUUGUCUGCUCCAGAGGCCCCUUUGACUUGCUGAGUCACUUGCUCCUGUCCCACCUGUCCCUGUCAAUCUCUGGGAAGGAGAAAUGACACUGGAGAGGCAGAGAGGAGUGACCGCAGAGGCAGAGGGGUGGGCGGGCUGGCCCAUGGCUGAGACCUCGCUCCCAGAGCUGGUGGGAGAGGACAAAGCCACGCCUUGCCCCAGCAUCCUGGAGCUGGAGGAGCUCCUGAGGGCGGGGAAGUCUUCUUGCAGCCGCGUGGAUGAAGUUUGGCCCAACCUUUUCAUAGGAGAUGCGGCCACAGCAAACAACCGAUUUGAGCUGUGGAAGCUGGGCAUCACCCACGUGCUGAACGCCGCCCACGGGGGCCUCUACUGUCAGGGCGGCCCUGACUUCUACGGCAGCAGUGUGAGCUACCUGGGGGUGCCAGCCCACGACCUCCCUGAUUUUGACAUCAGUGCCUACUUCUCCUCCGCGGCUGACUUCAUCCACCGUGCCCUCAACACGCCUGGGGCCAAGGUCCUGGUGCACUGUGUGGUGGGCGUGAGCCGCUCCGCCACGCUAGUCCUGGCCUACCUCAUGCUGCACCAGCGGCUGUCCCUGCGCCAGGCGGUGAUCACUGUGAGGCAGCACCGAUGGGUCUUCCCCAACCGAGGCUUCCUGCACCAGCUCUGCAGGCUGGACCAGCAACUGCGGGGUGCCGGCCAGAGCUGA